AUGAAGAGACUAGCUGCACGCUGCUCUGCUGGGUUGUUAAUUUUAUCCCCUCUAACAGUGAUUGCUGAUAGCCGGCCUACUGAUUUCAGACAGGGUUCUGGCGAUAAGGACCAGGAGGAGAUGGAAGAGGAAGUCCAUGCAAAGAAACGUAGGGGCAGGCGACGCAUCCUCAAGGAUCCUGGCAAGGAAGACGGGGAGAAAGUCAAAAAGAGGCGCGGUAGACCCCCAGCCGAAAAGCUUUCCCCAAACCCACCAAAGCUCACCAAGCACAUGAAUGCCAUUGUGGACACGGUCAUCAGCUACAAGGAUGGGUCUGGCCGACAGCUCAGCAAAGCUUUCAUCCAACUGCAGCCCAGGAAGGAACUCCCAGAGUACUAUGAGCUGAUCAGGAAACCUGUAGACUUCAGGAAGAUCAAGGAACGUGUUCGUAACCACAAGUACAGGAAUGUAGAGGAUCUGGAGAAGGAUGUUCUUCUCCUAUGUCACAAUGCUCAGACCUUCCAUCUGGAGGGAUCCCAGAUCUAUGAAGACUCCAUUGUGCUCCAGUCAGUGUUCAAGAGCGCCCGGCAGAAAAUUGCUGAGAAGGAACAGAGGGAAGCAGAGAGUGCUGAUGACAAUGAUGAAAUUGAAUCAGGAUCAGAAUCAAAAGCUAAAGACAAACUUAAUAAAAUGGAUGAGUCCUGGAAUGACAAGGGAAAGAAAAGUCAUAGUCAAGGCAAAGCCAAGCCCACUCUCAGUGAGGAUGACAGCGAUGAGGAUCGGGACAGUAAUGUAGGUCAAGUGUAAAAUUCCAAGAGUACAGGGAGUUAAGAAGAGAAAGGAGGAUAAGAGCUGAUGCACACCUUUUUUAAAUAUUGAGUUAUUUCCACUGUAUUGAUUCUUUCUUCAAGGAAGUUUGAUUUCAAGCCCUAUUCCACUAGCUUUAUCAACUGUAACGUACAGCAGAUUCAUGGCGUACACAGCUCAAUCUAAGCACCCUACUAUCCUGCCACCCCAGCCACCCAGAAGGUUCGAUUGAGAUCACCUUUCAUGGUAAAUUUUGUGUACCUUGUCUAUUCUCCUCGAGCAGUUACUGUGUUGCCAUGUCACUUCAGUCACUGCAACACUUUUUAAAGCAAAUGACUGAAGCAGCUGAAUGCUGGCAGAGUUUCCAACAUGAAAUUACUGACAGGUUGUAGCAGAUAUCAUGAGAGUAUGUCUUAGAACUUGAUGGGUGAGAAACGUUGCCUGUUUUUGUCUGUUCUUCAGCAUUAUAGCUAUAUUCUGUGUUAUUUCAUUAAAAGUUUUCAUUUGUUUGGAGUGGAAAUGGAAUGUUAUACAAAAUUCACAUAGCCCAUACAAAAACAUUUCAGAGUGGGGUUUAAAAUUACAUUUUAGAAUUCAUUUUUUGUGUCAAUAGCCAUUACCUUUGAUAAAACAAAGAUGGAACAAAGAGACUAAUCUUGAUGCUAUGUCGGAGGGAUGAGUUGACGAAUAUGCUGUGUAAAUAUUGCCAGUUUAAUGCAAGUAAAAUGGAUUAAUAAUAAAAAAGGUUUUUUAAAGAAUGCUCUAAAUCCUGUAUUCAAAUUGAGACCAUCGGAAAUUAUAUAUUCUUUUUAAACACUAUAGAAAGCCAUGAUAAAACAUGAUAAACAACAUGAUAAAAUUCUCAUAAUUGUGAAUAGACUAUCAAAUCCAAACAAAUGCUGCUGUAAAAGGACAUCACUUUUUCUAAGUGUUCUAUUUCUUUGAAUAAUUUAACUCCUUUAUUUGUGUGUAAUGGCAACAUUCUUUGGAAAUUUUAACAAUAUAACUCCACUAUUUAUUGAAAUGGCAACAUCUAUUAAUGUAGCAUCUUUUUUAUAAACAACAUUCUCUUUUUGUGCACAUUAGCCUCAUUUCAAUUUAAUUUUAAUAAAUCUAUUUUGUUUGAUUUUGUUCUUUCGGUAUAUCCAACAUAUGUAUGUUCACUGGUGUUCUGUGUAAUUAAUCAAGAUCUUGCAGCCAUGGCUCAUAUUGUUAGAUACAGUUGAUGCUUAAAAGCAGAUCAUCAGCAACAAUGAAUUUGUCAGUUGUGCUAUUUGUCACCAAAAAUGAUGUGCACCUUCCCCAGGAAAGAAGCAGUGCCCAUCAAGUUUUUCUUGAACAUAUCUUAUUGAGUAAAAUAGCAUUACAUGUCCAUAUUCUUAAGUGUAGAAAUUUCUGACCAUUUUAUUUAUUCUGACCUAGUCAUUAAGGCUCAUCAUUGCAGAUAAAAGAGCACAGGUACUACUAAUGAUCACACCGGAUUAAAUAGGACAUUGUGCAGUUGACGGGACAUGCCACAAUGUGAAUUAUGUACGCACUAGCUACAUUUAUCAUUAUUUAUAAUAAUAAUUUAAUUAAACUUUCAUCUACAUCAAACAUUACUCCUUUGGUGCAAAUGAGCCGGUAAACAAAUCUACAACAUUUGAGUUCCCUAGCCAAUAAAUCACAGUGCCACAGCAAAUAUAACACUAUCAUAUAAUUCAUUCACAUUGUUGUCCUCAUUCAUCAUAAAAUGUCUCACCCAAAGAGAGAAUAUCGCAAUUAUACUGUAUGUAAAUAUAAUAGAUUAUGUGUUUGUUAUAUUUGCAGUUGGUUGAUUGCCAAAGAGAAUAGGCUGACUGGCAUGCACAUCACACAAUUUUAGUGGUAUGUCUAAUCUAUGGAUACUGUUUAAUUAAAACCAUAUUUUCAAUUUAUUUUCAACAUGUUUGCCUAGGCAAGUUGUUUUUGGAUUGCACAUUAAUAUGCUCCUGAAAAAUGGCCCAAAUAUUAAAUUCAAUUAAUAUUUUGUGUUCCUUGUAGUGUAGGUUUUGGCAUAGCAGAAUACAUCGAGUAUGGCCAGAGGCUCAUGUCCCGAGUAGGGGUCUUUGGAGGAUAUGAAGUAUACAGUUUCCAAAUCAAUAUAGAAAAUUACCAAUUUACCCAGAGGGAAUAAAAUAAUACAGUUGUCAUUGUCAUGUGAGUUGGUACAACACAGCUGUUUUCAAAGAAACCAGAAAACAUUUUCCAAUUUUAAUGAGGUGAAUCACUAUUUUUAUAAUAUCUGUAUAAAUAUCAAAUUAACGCCAAAACAAGAUUAUGACACCACAUUAUGUUUUGUAUUCUAAAUGUCAUUUUGUAAAAUGUGUGAUGCAUGCAAUGUUUUGCUAUGUAAAUGGUUUAGAUACCAACAUAUUUGUAUGGUGUGCUUGCUCAAUAAUAUACUGUACCUCAGCCAAGAUGCAAUGUAACUACAGAUUAACAUGAACUGAAUCUACAUAGCCUUUGCUAAUUCUCAAAUGCACAACAACACUCAUUUAUGAUAUGGGGGAAGAUUGUCUCCAUUGACAAUGAAUAGUGAUGUCUCCAGUGAUUUGAUUUUGAUGCACUACCGAUAACAGUGGAACUUGCACGACUAUGUGCAUUUGCUCCAGAUAAUGGUGAAAAUCAGUUUCAAAAGUAUAGUUGCUAUUUCAUUUUUUAUGAUCACAAUGCCAAUGUUUUCUUUGCAGUUUAUGCAUUUUAAACAGUUUAGUAAAAGCCUCCCUGGACAAAAUGUACAAUACUAUGUGGUGUAUGACUCUAUGAUUUAAUAGUAUGUCAAAUAAAGUUUGAUGAAAUUUU